AUGAGAGUUUAUGAAAAAUCUCAUGCAUUUGUCUCAUUGACUCAAUCAGAUAACCGAUUUUUUUAAAAAGGCCAUCAUUAUUCAUUAGCUAGAUUGAUUGUAGGAGAAUUAGACAAUAAAACAAAAGAAAUAUUAUAUUAUUCAGGUUCAGCUUUUGAUAUUGAAAGGGAUGUUGUGGUUGAAAAAUUAUUAGAACCUGGUUAUUAUUCAUUGUAUGUUGAAGUAGACUGA